AUGGAGUGCCUGGAAGUGACCUGUUUCCUUCUGACAGGGGUCGCUAGAGGCCACAGGGACCAACGCCAAGCUUCUGGGAGGAGGCUCCAGGAAGGCGCCCAAGAAUGUGACUGCAAAGAUUGGUUCCUGAGAGCCUCUGAAAGAAAACUCAUGACAGUGCCCCGGCUGCCAAAGAAGCCAUGUCCCUGUGAUCGUUUCAAGGGCAGGGUGAAGAAAACCAAACACCAAAGACACCACAGGAGUCCAAACAAGCACUCCAGAGCCUGCCAGCAAUUUCUCAGACGAUGUCAGCUGGCAAGCUUUGCUCUGCCUUUAUAGGAGCUCUGACAGCCCACCCUUCUGAUGAAACAUUCUCAGUCAACAAGACAGUGAGCACACCUAGAAGAUGCUUUUCUCCCACCCCAAACUCCCCAUCCCUGUCCCCACUCCCUAUCAUUCCAGUAUUCUCAAAAAACAAAACAAAACAAAACAUUUUCCCCAAGAUUAUUCAUUCCUCUAGUGCUUUCUUCCCUUGACAGCCUUUUCCUGUGGCCUCUCCUUACCCAGGCUGAUGCUUAAUUACCUGAAAGAAGCCAGGAAUCUCAGGGUUCUCAGCUGGACCCACCUGACCUUAAAUACAACCAGGCAAAUAGCAGACAGAAGUCAAUAAAUAAUUUAAAU